GGCAAGGCUGUAAAGCUCUGGGAGGGGCCGACGAGAGCUUUGAAGAAGCGCGCCAUGAGCGGCGGGUCUGGAGAGCCGGCCGCCGAGGCCCCGCCCACCACCGGAGGGGGCGUCCGAAUCGUAGUGGAGUACUGCAAACCUUGUGGUUUUGAAUCUGCCUAUCUAGAGCUGGCAAAUGCAGUAAAAGAAGAAUAUCCUGAUGUGGAGAUUGAAUCCCGACUUGGAGGGACAGGAGCUUUUGAAAUAGAAAUAAAUGGACAGCUGAUCUUUUCCAAACUUGAGACUGGAGGAUUCCCUUAUGAGAAAGAUCUCAUUGAAGCCAUUCGUAGGGCUAGUAAUGGGGAGCCACUUGAGAAGAUCACCAAGAGCCGACCUCCUUGUGUCAUCCUUUAGUUUCACUCUCUCUAGUCCACAUCUUUCAAUCUUCUACCUAUCCAGCCCUCCUUGCCUCCACCUCUUGACUGCAGGUUUAAUUGCCUUGCUAAGUUUGAUGAAGGGGGCCGGGAGCAUGUAGAAGUGAAGUCAUCAUGAUUUGGAGUUGUUUGUAUUCAAAGCCUUAUAACAAGAACUUGAGCCACUUGGGGCGGGGAGGGGCAGUGAAAGAGAUGGAGAUCAGAGUGCUUGCUGUAUAAGUGGGUCAGUCAGCCUUUCUUUUCAAGAAUACUUUCAAAACACCCUUCCCCCUCCCCAUUGUUAAACACCAGAAUGGAUUUUGUUUUGAUUGCUGUUUUUGUCUGACAUCAUCUGUAUGUGCAAGAGUGAAGUCUCCCCACCCCUCCAAUCUAAUCAAAACUUAGAUACUCUCUGCUUUUCCUGACUUUUGUGAUUCAUUCUGAGAUAUCAUCUGUCUCCCUCCUCCCUUGCUUUUCACAUUCCUUUAACCUGGAGCCAGCAUGAGCUAGUGUCUCAUCUUCUCCUCACUACAAAAUCUCAAGUGCUAGCACAAAGCUUUACUAAAGUCUAGAAGCCAUCCCUGUCUAGACAGGACUAGUGCUAUGCAGAAAAUUCUGAACAACUUCACACACCUCCAACUUAGGUAUGAAGACCAGUUUUCUUUAAGUAGUGCUCCAGAGUGGAAAAUCUGUUGCUAUUCUAAUACUGUGAGUGAAAGUUUCUCACAGCAAUACUGCAGUUACAUUUUUCCACCCAUGUUCCACACUACUGCCCAGGUUUGGCUUUAAAGUGGAGAUUUAUAGCCCAGCUGAAAGUUACACAUUUUCCACUGUCAGAUCCUUCCCAGAUAAUCAAUAGAAUGGUGUGAGGAAGUUCACUGGAAUUUUCUACAUAAAGUCCUGUUCCUUUCUUGUUUAUUAUUGGCAGCUACUGGGCUGGGGAACCAAGAACUUUUUAGUGACAUUGGAUGCAGAUCUCUGCAGUUAGACUAGCUUUUUGAGGAGAGGAGAGAGGGCUGAACACGUUGUUUUGACAAGGCCCAUAAAAGUUUAACAAACCGUCCAUUACAUGUUGGGAAUUGCCUGCUGCUUAAAAGGUCACCUUUAGCUCCCUUGGCUGGUGUGGAUCACACUAGGCAAGUAAUCUGCACAUAUUCUUAUACUUUAAAGACAUUUCAUUUGUUGCAAAUUCCUUUUUCAGUCUUCUGCUAACACUUUUUUGCCUUAAUCUCAGGCAUUAUCAAGCCAAAGAUGAAGUAUUUUCAAGGCCAUAGAUUUCAAGAGUGAAAUUAUUCCACUGUAAUCAGUGAAAUAUCUGUAAUUGGAUUUUAUGUGCACAUUAGUUAAAAACAAAACGUGUACAGAACAAACUGGUCUCUUUCAGCAGACUCAUAUCUCCUCCCUGUCACAUUAGUACACAAAACAUGCAGUGGCCUCAUUCUACUGUCAUGUUUCCCCACCAAUGGAUAUCGUAACUAAUGACACAGAAUGGGGUAGGGAAACACUGAACAGUGGCUCCAUGCCAACUAUUUUAUUUUGUGUGAGUGAAGACAGCUCUGCAUAUACAUCAUCUGGCCUAAUGUCUAAAUUUGUGACUGCACCCUGUUUUAGGACUUAGAGUUUUUAUCAGUUUUCACUUCUUUUAUCUGUCCUUUGGAGAUUUUCGCACAUCUACCAAAGCUGUGGCUAGAAACAAAUAUUGCUGCUAAAUAUUAUGAAGACCCCUUGUUGAGCAGAAAAGUGAAGAAAAAGUCAAUACUGUUACUUCUCCUUAGUGUCUUAAUUUAUGUGUUGAGAAUGUUACAUAAUCCAGUUUAUAUAAAGAGGCAAAAAGUUAAACACUC